GUUCGCACGGAGGUUCGAGGUGUGGUGUCAAAAUUGCUGGCUAAGAAGGUGUCCUCGCGGAGGGCGUUGGAGGCCUGUCUAAAAGAGGAUCCCCAGUUCCUCCUCAAGGAACUGACACCGUGGAUACAAGACGAACACCGCGCUUCCUUUCAAACCAAGUGGCCGCCAAUAUCCUCGAAGGAGUAA